UGACGCGUCACAAACGCUCGUACACCUUGUACGAAUGGGAUUUUGUACUUAACCAAUAAGAAAGAAGUAGCUUUAUUAAGCAUCCAAUUUUUGGUAGAAAGUAUUUUAAUUAGAAAAUUAGUUUUACAGGAUAAUAAUUAGGAGCACAAUGGCGCCACAACCAAAGGGUAAACAAGGCACAAAAGGUGCAAAACAGAUUGUGGAGGAGAAUAAGGCCACACUAAACUUUUACAGAAAUAUGGCUAUUGGCAGUACCGCAGCCAUGGUUUUGUUAGACUUGGUAUUUUUCGGACUCAGCAAAAUAACAGUGAUUAUGGGUUUCAUAGCCGUACUAACCUUAGCCGCUUCGGUUCAAUUCAUGGUUUUCAUGUCAAGACCAAAAUACUCUGAAAACGGUAGCAUACUCGAUUCCGGAAAUGACUUGAAUAUGGAGGGCGGCAUAGCGGAAAAUGUUAAAGAUUUAAUAAUAUUAACAUCUGGAACACUGCUCUUGUCCCUCUUAUCUAAUUACUUCUGGUACCUAUUCCUUUUGGCACCAUUCCGCGCCUUAUGGAUGUUGUGGGGCAGCGUUAUACAGCCCUGGUUAUCACAGCGUAAUGCAGCUGAGCAAGAACCCGAAUUGGAUGAGAAAAAGCAACGUAAACUUGAACGUAAAAUGCGUCGCAUGAGAUGAAGAUACGAAAGUGAACAAAAAAGGAGUUUGAUUUACUCAAUGCCCAUAGAGGCUCUCAAGUCAAUAUUGUAACCAAAACGGUUGUGCCACAUAUGCCGUUUUCAUGAUGGUAAAGCCUUGUUACAAUUUACAUUAAGUAAUUUGUUUUUUUGUUUUGUUUUUGGAAUUUGUAAUUUAAUUUGCUUAUGGCGGUAAAAUAGUAGGGUUUUAUAUUUCUGGCGAUACCUAUUGCGAGUUAUCUAUGUAGUUACUUUUUGAUUGUAAGUAUUUGUAAGAGAUAUGCGUCUACAUUUUGAAUACAAUUAAAAAAAGACACGAAAUGUGUACAAAAAUAUUAAA